CCGUCACACACACACACACCCCCACACAUAUACACAACCUCUUUAUCUCUCUCUCUCUCUCGAAAUUUUCGGACUAAAAUUUUGAUCAAAAAGUGGAAUGACAGUCGAGUCACUCGGAUUCGAGGGAUUUUUCAUCUCGUAUAGAAUAAAUUCUCCAUUCUCAUCGUCGAGCGAAUAUUUCCGCCCGAAAUUGAAGAGCGAAUCUGAUGUGUUCCACUGUCAGUAUUUUUAUUAUCGCUUUGAGUGAAAAUACUGGCAUUUUUCACAUGUUCUGCGUGAAAUUUCACGCAGAACAUUUUCUUAAUGUUACCAAAAAUUAAAUUAACAGCAACGUUAUCCCCGAGGCAGACAUUGCGCGACAUACGAACGGACACCUCUGACUUCGCGAAAUCGGUCGACGCGGGAAUUACGACGCGAUCUUCCGAAUCGGGAGAGCUUCGUAACCACUCGGACCAAAUUGUGAAACCGAGUGUAUCAUCGCCGGAGGAUUCCAGAUCCGCUGGUAAUUCACCGUCGACUUCGAGCGACGUACAAUUCCAGUGGAAGAUGCGAAGAACGAACGUUCUCACCGAGCCGAUACACGAGUUACCCCGUGAGUCACCGUAGAUUCUUCCCGCUACUUUUUCUCAUGUAAUUUCCUUUUAAUCAAAUCACUCGUGAGAAGAGUGCGUGGGUCGAAGUGAGGGAUCACGCGUAAUGAGGGGGUUGUCGCGACACGACACGACGUUUUACGUAACGCGAGACACGCUCUCCCGCAAGGAAAGAGAAACGCCCCACCCGCCGUCGAGGGCAACAAGACGAUGGGACUCCACCACGACCUCCUUCCGCAUCCGGCGUGUCACGGUGAGAAAAACGCCUUCGUCCUGGAGAUCCUCGCUAUGCGCCGAGGAAUGAGACUUCAUUGGUCGUUCGACUUACUCGAGGCCGCUUUCGACUGCUUCCCGGAUCUCGAUUACUGCGUGAUCCUUCUUCCUCCUACCCGACCACCCUACCAGUUUCUUCAACAUUUCGUGGUACUUGUCAGGGUUGUCGCUUCGAUCGAUGCCGCGAAGCGGCGAGACAAAGCGAGUAAAGGAGAGAUCCGGUACUCAUGUCACUCUUAAAAUGAAUGUCGCGCGUUCAGUACGUGCCGUUAAGAUGCGACAGGGAUUUCCCGAUGAUACUGUACGUCCUGCACCGAGCGGUUCUCCUCGGGAAGAUCGAGUGUCGUCGCGCCGAAGUGCGAGAUCGAGAUACCGUACGACGACUUUUGGCCGCUACGCCAACGAAACACGAGACCCUGGCUGACUUUGACCUCGCGACGGAUCCCCUGCAAUUCGAGCUGGACUGCCUUAUCUUCGAAUGCAACGACGCGAUGCUCGGACUCGCCAUAUUGCGGUUACUAUAAACUCACAUACUGCUUCGAAACUAUCAUGCAAUACUUUAACGUUCCCGUUUCUUCGUUGCAGCCAUCUUGGCUUAAUGUUCACGUUAACAGCGAGAAAAAGUAUAUCUUACAGAAGAAUAUUUCCAUAAAAUGAUACUUGCGAUCGACUAAACACACUUGUAAAACAUUUGGAAAACUUUACUUUGUGUAUUGGUAGAAAAUUAUAGCUACUUUCAAUGUCAACUAUUAUUGUACAAUAGUAUAACUUUUAUUGCAUAACUAUUUACAAUUAUAACUUUUAUUGUAGUAGCAUACAGAUAUGUUUGUCAUUCGACUCCCAGAAAUUUUAGAAUACCAGAUUGCCCUCUCCUCCCUCACGUGAAAUACACAGAAUGUUAGAGGCAAAUCCAUAGGAAACACUGCUCCAAUUUGAAGCCAAAUAGUACAUUCUUAAAAUUUAGUUCGCUAAAAGAUCGCUUCAUCAUUAACGUAUAACAUGAGAAAUGCAGAUGCCUCCAUAUUUUUAUAUUUAGGAUGUUCGGUUCUGAUUAUGCUCCAGAAUACACGAUGAAAGUAUUGCACGAUAGUUUCGAGACAUCCUGUGCAUACGGACAUAUCUCGGUCAGUGAAAAUGAAAUUUCGCUGGAAAGUCGGCAACAGUACUCAUCACUUUGUCUCAUCACACACCACAUACACACCCAUAGUGCAGAAAAACAAGUGGACUUCGUUAAAAGCCGUUACCAUGUGGAAGAUUACGUAUCUAUGCAAAGCAUUCAUCAAGAUGAUUACGGACGCCUCUUGCACUUCGUUCUUACGCCUAUUUUCUUCGUUUAUCGUCGCUUCUUUUUCUGCGAGAUCGCGCGUUUGAGUGGAUUAACGGUAAUUUUCUAUCGACUUCAUCACGAAGAUGAGAGCGCAUUGACACGGAAACGACCCUUGGCAUCUUGUCUGGACGACAUGAUUCCUGUUAAUCCUCGUAAACAAGCUGGAUACAGAUUCCCAGAUAUUUCAGGAAAGAUCGAAGAAAAUCGCGAGAAUGACGCAAAAGACGACGAUAUGUUUUCUCUGUUCAUGAUGUCACCGCGAUUGGCGAUGAUGCCUUCUGCGAAUAUCGACCUGAGAAUCAUCGUCGUCGGGGCAUCGGAUUGCGGUAUCGCUUUCGCGGAGUAUCUCGUUUUACGAUCGACGUACCGUUAUACGAAUCUCACGUUGAUAUCGCCUCACGGACUGCCAUAUGAUAACAAAUGCACAGGAACGUCGCUGCUUCCGUUCCGUGGUAAAUUCUGCCCAGAAUACCGUCAUUGCGUAGCCGUGAGGGCUUGGAUCAAUAUCGUUUACGGGACUAUGACAACGAUCAACAGGAAAGAGAAAUACGUGACCGUGAAGAAUCAAGGAAACCUCGCAUACGAUUAUUUGGUUUUAACUUGUGGCCUGCAAUACCAACGGCCGACAUUGCGAGAGGACACGAAAGCGCGGGAGCGAGGGGAAGAAGUAACUGCGGAAAGUCUGACGGAAUUACCAUGGAAUUGCCUGACCAUAAACGACGAUACAGAAGCGUUUAUUUGCUUAAGAAAGAUUCGGUGGUUAACGGAGGACUUUAAAAAGGAACGAGCGAUAUUGUUUUAUGGUCACAAUAUUGACUGCUACUGUGCCUUUCGUGGUUUGCUUGAGUUCGGUGUGAAUUUCUCGUGGAUCACGUUGAUCGAGCCGAGCUUGAACCCCGACGAGACGCGCGACGAUGUUUUCUGCUGCGACCGCGAGGUGGACGAAGCGGUGACCAAUGCCGUGUUGCGGAGCGGAGUCCGAGUACUGUCCGGAUGGUGUCUGGUCAAUUGGAUUUUGACGCAAGACGCGGACGGACAGACUAUGAUCGAAAGUGUUGUGAUCGAAAAGGAAGGCGAGACGAAAACGUUAGUCUGCGACGUCCUUCUGAACUUUCACGAGAAGACCGUCAACUUAGACGCGUUCUUAGCCUUCUGCCGUGCCGGUCUCAUUUUCGACGGCUCGCUGAUUAUAGACCCGGAGUGUCGUACGAACGAUCCGUUUAUUUUCGCCGCUGGUACUUUGACGAAAUACUCGAGGAAAUUUCACGCCGAGUCCUCGCAGCACAUGUAUCUCAGUAGCGCGGAAGUCGGCGAGAGACUCGCCGAAAUAUUACGGAGAGUGAUCGGCAUUCAACAAAGCGACGAGGAAAUCUCUGCGCUGUCGGUGAAAGAAAAAACGUGUUUAACACCUCCGGUAUUUCGCGCACCCGUCGUAGUCGCCUGCAUUCUGCCGGGAGAUUAUCAUUAUUUGCACGUACACAAAUCCGGAAGGGAAACUUCAUACGGGACAGCGAUUAAGCCUACCGGUGAAGCGUUUGUGACCGGUUCUUGCACAUCCCAAAUUGGAUAUUUUCACAUUCGAUUGAAUUCCUAUGACUCAGUAGAUAUCAUAACAUGUUUCAGCAAAAAGACAUUUGAAGUGCAAGAUAUGAUCGCUUUGUACGGAAAGCACGAGAGUAUGUUGAACGAAUUGAAGUUCCGUUUUAAAAGCUCGUCUAUUUCGGAUUUUUACGCAUAUUUUCGCGAGCCGUGGGCCACGGCGAUUUACCACGACCGAUUCGAAUGUCUACGCGUCGAAAAUCGGGCCGCUUUGCUAUCGCGCAUGUACGAUUGCAGCGAUUCUUUGGUGGACGAUUGCAUGCGCGCUUUAGUCAAAUCUAAGUGGCAAGAGAUACCGGAACAGGAUCGACGUCACAUCGAGUCCAGAUAUGCAGGCUCGAUUUAUCAUCGAGAGCUCGAGGGCAAUCUUAUAAAUUUUCUGGAAUUUUAUGAAAGUGAUCUGCAGAUGUAUUGCACUCCGUACAAGCAGCGACAAAUGUGUACGGACAUCGAAGAGAAUCCGUUAUAUUUCGAACAAUAAAAUAUUAUUAUGAAAUUUGUCGGAGAGAUAUGUUUUCCGCUUGACUUAAGGAUGAAAAUAAAAUCGUAUAAAUAUACUGCAGCGAUAAAGUAAGAAAAA